UCCACGUGAAAUGGACUGGCACAAAUCAUAUUUUAGGCAUGAUAAAUAACAGAACCGGGAAGAUAAACCCUCCAUCACCUCGCGAUCCCCAGAUCCCACACGGGAAAAAUGUGCACAGUGGAGAAGCGCGGCCGCGUCCACCUCAUCACCCUCACCGGCGCCGGUGAGCACCGACUCAGCCCAUCCCUCAUCUCGGCCCUCCGCACAGCCGUGGCCACCGUCCGCGCCUCCCCCGGUGCCGGUGCCCUCGUGCUGGCCGCCGAGGGCAAGUACUUCUCCAACGGCUUCGACCAAGCCUGGGCGCGCACGGUCCCGCCCCACCUCCACGACUCCAUGAGAGGAGCCUUCCGCGCCCUCGUGGCCGACCUCCUCGCGCUGCCCAUGCCCACCGUGGCCGCCGUCACGGGCCACGCAGCCGCCGCCGGCUGCGCGCUGGCCCUCGCGCACGACUCCGUCGUCAUGCGCGCCUCCCGCGGGUUCCUGUACAUGAGCGAGGUCGACGUCGGCCUCAAGUUCGCCGACUACUUCGGGGAGCUACUCCGGCAGAAGGUCCCCAACGCAGCGGCCAGGAGGGACAUGGUCCUCGGGGGGAAGAAGAUGACGGCGGCUGAGGCGGUGCGGCUGGGCAUCGUGGACGCGGCCGCGGACGGCGGCGUCGAAGACGUGGUGGCCGCGGGCGUCGCGGCAGCCGAGGUGCUCGCGACGAGGGGUUGGGACGGGGAGAUCGUGGCCGAGAUCCGGAAGGCGAUGUGGCCCGCCGUGUGGGGCAAGGUCAAGGACCACGGCGCCGAGGCAGCGGCAGCGCGGCCGCGUCUGUAGGCUCCGGUAUAUCGUACGAGGCCACUCCUUGUGCUCGAGCAUUCGCGUAGCCUGAAGAAUUGCUCUGGAUCCACGGCAUGCCGUGGAUCUGGGAACUUCAGCUGAGAACAGAGUAAUGUUCAGGAACUGCUCGAACAGAAUCGUGUCGCCAAGAAGAUCCGCACCGGCGACAUGUGAUGAGCGCACCGUGCUGGUGGUUUUCCUUGUACUCCUAUUGAUCUUCGCAUCGGGUUUCAUUGACUGUUGUUACUCUGACGGAAGCUCGUUGCUGAUAGACUUCUGAACUUCUGAAGCAUGACUGAAUGAAGAGAUGAAGAUGAACUGCUUUCGCGUA